UAAUCUAGCACUACGCUGCUGUCUGAGGGACGCAGGGAAUAGAAACCAGGCCACAGGAGGCCGACAGACAGUUACUGGAGCAUUUUAAUUUAGCGCUAAAAUCUAAAUUCCGUAUUUUGCUACUUCUGGAUUAUCAUUGACAUCAUCAUCGUUGAAAACUGGGAGAACAAAUGACAAUGGUGCUCAUGAGGUCAGGCUGGCUGUGGAGGCAAACGUCUGUCCUCAAACGCUGGAAGUUAAACUGGUGCGACCUCUGGAUCGACGGGAGCCUCUGCUUCUACAAGGCCGAAAGCCGGCGUGAGCUGGAGCACCGCGUCAGCCUGAAGACGACCUGUGUGGACGUGCGGUCUGGCCUGGAGUGUGGAGGUGUGACUCCACCGGAGAGCAAUCCCAGAGACAACCUCAUCGUGGUUCAGCUCAGAGACGGAUCCACGAUCAACCUGUGUGCGAACAGCGAGGAUGAGUCUAUAGCAUGGAAACUGACUCUGCUGGAGACCAGGAGAAACCCGGUUUUCACAUACGACCCCUAUGAAGACUCCUACCAGGCCAUCCCCAUCAACGGCUACCACACUGUCUACAUCACGCCUGGAGCCGGACCAGGCACCCAUCAGGUGGUCGUCCAGAGGGACCCGUUUGACGGAGUGGCGGAGAAUCUGGCUCUGGGAGUGCUGGCAGGGAUGGCAGCAGGAGCAGCCAUGAGAUCUUUCCUCUGGAUGCCCCUGUUUCUCUGCUGAGAUGAACCAGAAGUGACACCCCACCCCCCCACCCCCACCCCCCACAGACUUCACCUGACCGCUGCGUCUUUUUCUUUUGUACCAGGUUAUCAAACCUUAUCUGCUGAAACUUAUUAUGUUUUAAGUGCAAAACUUGCAUGUGGCACUUAUGCUGAAGAGGAUGGUGUGUACUUGUGUCUUUCUGCUUGUAUAUGGAGCAUAUUUCAUCAUUUACACUUUUGAAUGUGACAGAAUAAAACCGGAGUUGCUUCCUAAAUGUUAAUGCCAGAGAAUCAGCCGAAGUUAAGCUUAAGAGCAGACGAAAUAAACUUAAUACGCUUAAUG